CCACGGCGGUGCGACAUGGGGGGGCGCGGAGGAGACGCCGGAAGUGGCAGUGGUACGAGUCCGACUGAGGGGUUCUCACUGCCGGCGUCCUCCACCCGCGCGGCGGCCAGAGCCAAGGCCCGAGGGGGUGGGCGUGGCGGACGCCGGAACACGACCCCCUCCGUCCGCUCUCCGCGCGGGGCGGCGCAGCGUCGCUCCCCUCCACCAGCUGCCAUGAGCGAGCGCCUCCGCCCUAGGAAAAGAAGAAGAAAUGGCAAUGAAGAAGAUAACCAUCUUCCCCCACAGACCAAAAGGAGCACGAGAAAUGCUGUCUUUCAGGAUUCCUGGGACACUGAGACAGUACCUGUAACCAGAAACAGUAAAGAAAGCAGACUAAGAGGAAACAGAGCAUUCUUGUCGUCUUCCAGCAGUGACAGUGGUGGGAGCAGCAGCAGUAGUAGCAGCAGCAGCAGCAGCAGCAGCAUCAACAGUCCUGACAGGGCCAGUGGGCCAGAGAGCAGCCUGACCCAGGUCAUCCCAGGAUCGAGCCCCAACACCCCUCAGCCGGCACCUGAGCAGUCUGCACUGUGCCAAGGCCUCUACUUCCACAUCAACCAGACCCUGAAGGAGGCUCACUUUCACAGCCUGCAGCACCGGGGCCGGCCUCCCACAUGAAGGGCUGGCAGUUUCUUGCCUUCUGUGAAGGGACAGUGCUGUGCAGAUUCGGUAUUUCAACCUACAAUUUGUU